GUAAUCCAGCGCGCGUACCGCCACUAUGCCAUGACCAAAAAAUUCCGCGCCAUCACCGCUACCGCAAAGGCUCAAGAGCGGCGGCUGUCCAGGCGCUUCCAAGGGGACGCUGGGUCCAGGAGUGCUGCUGCAACUGCCGUGCAUUACGGCGACCCGGAGCAGUUCAUACGAUCAGAGUUUGAUGAGCUCAACAAGAAUCUUAGCGCUUCCGUUUACGGCGAAGGAAGAGGAAGUCAACGGCCCGCACGAUCAGUUUCGAUGCGCGACUCAGGAAGGCGAAACGCUGAUUCCAGCGUUGAUGAGACAGACAACGUUCAAUUCCAUGAUCAAUCAGUUGAAUCCAGUUGUAUUGGCAACAACAUCGUUAAAGUGUCUUCUAAUGAGGCUAUUAGUAACGAGGCUGGUACUAACCUGACAGUUAGCGUAACGAACAGCUCCAUCAGCAGCCAGGACAGCGGUCUACCCGCUAACGCUGCUCUCGACGACUCCAAUGCCUCACCUAAAGAACUGAAAUACUUUAGUUCAGAGGACAGUGGCUUCGGAAGUCACGAAGGCCGCGGCAGUAGCGGCUUGGGGGCGCGCCGCCCUAACAAGUGCGGCAAGAAGCUCCCUCCUGAGGUGCCCCGACGUAGUUCCUCCAUCAAGUCGUCCGAGAGCGGCCACAGCGCCGACAGUUAUAUGGGUUCUCCGCUGUCACCAAAUCCACGUUUUCACUGGCCAUCCCCUGCCUCCUCUUGCUUCACUCCUCCGCCCUACGCUCCCCAACAGGAGCGCAGCAGGAGCGUCGAAAGAACCAUCAUGCGGAGGUGUCCGGAAAACGGGUCUCUCUCGAGCGUGCAAUCGUCAGGGUCGGACUCGUCGCUAUCGCAAUCCGCGUCUGACAGAGCGACUCCUUUAUCUUCCCACGAUCUCCCCGACACAUUAGGAGAUCUUCACAUGCCCACGUCACCAGUCUGGAAGCGAAAAAAUCAUAUGAGCACGAGUGAACUUAUACUCGAUGACAAAAGGCUAAGCAACAUUAGUGAAAAUUCUGAAGACUCAUGUCAGUCUCACUCGAGCGACCGCCUCACCUACUCGCAGACGGCGCCUUCACACAACGCGCGCUACGCGCCGCACCAUCCCGCGCAACUGCCAAAGAUGCCUGAGGUGCUGCGCAAGCGCCAGUAUCGCGUAGGACUGAAUCUAUUCAAUAAGAAGCCAGAGCGCGGCAUCACGUACCUCAUCAGCAGAUAUUUCUUGGAGAACUCGCCUUUGGCUGUGGCUAAGUUCCUGCUUACAAGGAAGGGUCUCAGCAAACAAAUGAUCGGCGAAUAUCUGGGCAACUUACAGAACAGCUUCAAUAUGGCCGUUCUAGAAAUGUUUUCCCAAGAGAUCGACUUGUCGGGCAUGCAAGUGGAUGUAGCUCUGCGCAAAUAUCAAACAUACUUUAGACUGCCUGGCGAGGCGCAAAAGAUCGAACGUUUGAUGCAAGUCUUCGCUCAACGUUAUUGCCAAUGUAAUCCUGACAUUGUUGCUAAACUACGAGACUCGGAGACUAUAUUCGUGCUAGCUUUUGCCAUUAUUAUGCUAAAUACUGAUCUUCACACAGCUUCCAUGAAGCAGGAGAAAAGAAUGAAGGUAGAAGAUUUUAUUAAAAAUCUUCGUGGGGUUGAUGAUGGAUACGAUAUCGAGCGCGAGAUGCUCGAGGGCAUGUAUCAUCGAAUUAAGGCGCAGGAAUACAGGACUGGACACGAUCAUGUAACGCAAGUCAUGAAGGUACAACAAACCAUGGUUGAAAAACGGCCGAAUCUAGCUUUGCCGCACCGCAGAUUAGUAUGUUAUUGUCGUCUCUAUGAAGUCCCGGACAGCUCCAAGAAGGAGCGAGCUGGAUUACACCAAAGAGAAGUUUUCCUCUUCAACGACCUACUCGUCGUCACCAAAAUAUUCUCUAAAAAGAAGAAUUCUGUCACUUAUUCCUUCCGACAAAGCUUCCCGCUGGCGGGACUCACUGUCUUAAACAAGGAAACCCCUCAUUACCAGUACUUGAUAGAGAUCAAGCAGCGAGUUGACAACAAACUCUUGAUCGCAUUCAACGCUCGCAAUGAGCACGACCGCACCAAGUUCUGCGAGGAUCUCAAAGAGAGCAUUUUCGAGAUGGACGAAAUGGAGAACUUGCGCAUUGAAGGAGAACUGGAGAAGAGUAAAGCAUCUCUACGAGCGUCCAGGCCGACCUCGACUGCUGAAAAUAGAGAUUCAGGUGUUGCGGACAUGGAAGUCAUUUCGACGGGGUCGGACAAAAGCACCUUGAAUACUGAAGUUGUCAACGGCACAGGCACUCUGAAGCGCACUGCACUCAGCAACUCCCUAAUAGACAUGCACGAAGCAGGAUUGUGAAGCACCAUCGUCACUUAGUUGCACCACAUCUACUCUACGUCUGAUUCGUACACAAACUUUUACUGCUGUGGCGUAUGCUGGACAACUGCAACAGAUCCAUUUCUCUGGCACUUGUCACCUGCACGGUCUAGAUUUGUGUGCCCAUUAAGAUACUUGUACUCUUUAGUUUUAUUGUAGUACUCAACUCAGAGACAAGGUUGUCAACUCGAUCGCAAUACUGGCAAUCGUAAAUGAAGGUCCAAGAGACGGUGAUUUUUUUCCAGUUCUCUUUAUCAUUAUUAUAUUUAUAAAGCUGUUCGUGCUAUUAGCGCUGAAAAGAAUUUUGUGAUUGAAGAUUUAUUCAUUAAAAUUUUUCCUGUGACAACGAUCUGUUUUGGAGAGCAAAUUCCAUUUCUAAAUAUCUUCAAAAAGUGAUUGAUCCUUGCUGCAAUGGCAGAAGUAAAUUAAUUUAGGAAAAGAGUAUUGCGUAAAUUAAUUAUAAUUUUUAAAUAUUCUAGCGUCUAAACUUGAAGCAUCAAUUCGCUUGAAAUUCCCGUGAUGCCACUGUCUAUUGUCUACAAUUUCGGUUUGAAUUUAUUACUGACUGUCCAAGUGUGGCGUUUUUAUGGUAAGGAGUGCUUGAAACUAGUCUUCCUCUCAAAUUAUUCCACCAUUGACUUCAUGUUUCGAGUCUAUCGAUUUAUGGAGUGAUUGAUGAAAGUCGAUUUUAAUUUUCUUUCCAGUCUGUUGUGUCGUUAGCAUAAACCAAAAAGGCAGUUACCUAUGGUUUCGUGGAUCAUCUCAGCGUUUUAAACCCCCGUGUAGGAAGAACGUCUGCAAUGCGUGAUAAAGAUUUAAAAUUCGUCAAAAACCUCUCUAUGUACGGCUGUCGUCGGUAAUGUGAAAGUGUUUUGGAGUGCUCUUUGAAACGUAAUGCUGUUCCCAUUAUUACGAUUCCCGAUAAUUUCAUACAAAAUUCACGCAUUCUCAGCGCACUUUUCUAAACACAUCGUUUCGAAUGUCUUUUAAAUUUUUCAAUUACGAGUAGACGAUUUGAAGCUUUGUGAAGGUUAUUGUUAGCUUUCAAAUUAUUGAAUAUUUGCCCGACAACCUAAACGAGACGACGUGUGGUCAUCCCCAAAAAAUCAAAUCUUUGCAAAUAAAGAAACCAUUCCUUUGUUUUGUACAGUUGUUGACUGAGAUAAAGACAUUAUUUAAGUUACUAACGCUUUGCUUCAGUUUGAUAAUUUGCUGUGCAUUGCUGUAGCCAAUUUUUUUUUGUUGUUCUGACAUUUUGCUAUGAGUUCAUAACAAGUAUGUUUUGAGCUUCAAAUUUUAAAUGUAUGAUGCGUAAUGUUUUUUAGUUUGUGAUUGGCUUUUCAAUUGUUAAGGUAUUCGUUCUGACGUUUAAUUUUUUGCUUCUGCCAAAGACUUGUCUGAUUCUCUUGAGCUACUGAUUUUUCUUGUUCUGAUUGUUUCUUUUAAUGUGGGAUCUUGUUCCAUUUUCCACGUUUUCUUGCAUUAAAGUCUUGUACGCUGACGGCUUCAUAUGAAACACUUCAUCCUGCUUUUGGUGUAAACUACAAGAAACUCUUAGUUACACUUCGUUUGUUCUUUGAUUAUUUCUACUUUUUUAUUGCUAAACCAAAUCUUGGCGUGUAUAGCGAACGUUGAUCACUGUAGUGUACCUACCAGGUUGCAAAUUGUCUCGAGAAAGGAGCCGGCACUCCCGGGAAGAAAUCUCUUGUUCCAGCUAUCGAGGUAGCAUCGGGUCUCUUGAUUCUGGGAUGUCUGGAUUUUUUCAAGAGCUCGGCUCUUCAUCCAUCGGAAUUUUUUCCAACGGUCGUAAAGGAGCGUCCACUACUUCGACGAACGGAAUGACUGUGAGCGCGUCUAUGGGCGACAUACGAAAAGCCUGCCGACGCUCAUUGCCAAGUUUUACCAGUUAUGGAGAAGCAGUAACAGCGUCUGUGCUGCAGAUGCUGAAAAGGUCAAACAGUAAAGAGCAACGAAUGGCGACUUAAGUCGAUGUUUGAACAGUCUUCCCCCAGCAAGAAACUGCGAUCGCCUUCAAAUGUCUGUGACGUGGUUUUUUUAAUCUAGAUCGACAUUUGAAAUAAGAAUAGGAUCAUUAGUAGGUUAUACCUAAGUAAUAAUGGGUUAAUGUUUACCUAAACGGAAGUGUUUCGAUAGGUACGUUGGGUUUUCGUACACUCACGUCUUGGUGUGAAGUGUGGUGCAGAUCAAGUCAAGGUUUAACUCAUGAUUAAGGUUUAACAUGCGUAAUUAUUCGUCCUCGGCUCACGUCGAUUUCAUCUUAAUUUAUUAAUUACCGUUGCUACAAUUACUUUUAAACAAAAAAAUCCUCGGUCGAGUGAAGUCUUCCAAAAUUUAUUGUUCCGUGAAAAGAUCUCAUAAGGAAAACCGGAUUACACAAUUGAAAUUUCAAACGAAAGUUACAUUUUGCACGAAGUUCUUUAGCUUGAUGUUGUGCGACGGUGUGCAAGUGAUCGUCAGUUAGUUAAGUCUUUAUCUUUCUAGUCAGGGUAAGAUUUUUUAUUAACAAAUGUUAACACUCGUUUAGUUGUUGGUGCGUUGCGAACGUUCAGUUGCCCUGCCGAAUGGCAGAUAACUACAAGUUAUUCCAAGAGAAUGCAUAUCUCAUCCCCCGGAAGCUUUAUGAUGCAAUUAGUUAAUAUUUUCAGGGUACAUUAUAUUCUGUCCAGUAUUAGAAGGCAUAGGAGGAAAUUCGUCUCCACGUUCAGAGAUUCAUCACAGUAUACUAAACUGGAUAAAUAUUGGAUCAUCAUAGUAAAGUAGAAUAAAUUACGGUCUAUCGGCUCUCAAAUAUUCAUCUUAAAUAUGCUACUUUUUGUAAAGUAGUGUGUCUAUUACU